AACGAUAAUUACAAAAAUAUGUUUAAACAGGAUGGUAAUCAUCACAGUACAAUGGUUGAUGUUGUACAACGACAAACUUUAACUUUCAGAUGUUUGGAAUUAAUGAACGAUGUGUUUUCAUUUCAACUAUUAAGUCAGUUGUUAACUAUUGUUGUAACGUUGUGCAUGGGAAUGGUUAUAAUAAACGAUAAAGGGAUAUUUACUAUUACUACAUACAUUCAGUUGAUGAUGAUGUCGUCCAGUACACUACAAGCGUUUGUCUACUGUUUUUUCGGAGAUUUCAUUUCGGAUAAGCUUCAUCAGACAAUAUUUUCCAUCUAUUCAAGUGAUUGGUACAUGAAUUCAAAAGAGGCUAAGAAUGUAAUUAUCCUUAUGCAACGUGCAAACAAAAUAAACACAUUUACCUUUGGCGGGUUGUUAAAUAUGGAUUUGAAUACUUUUGCAUUGAUUAUGAAGAACUCGUUUUCGUUUUAUGCGCUAUUAAGUGCAAAGAAACCAAUUGAAUAAUUACGCUUGCACUGCACAAAAUUGAAAAACAUUUUAUAGACUAACUAACUUAUAUACACUUAUAGACUUUGGAC